CAUCUUCAUCCACACCUCUCAAUCAAAAGCCAAAAGAGCGAACAAGCAAAGAAGAAGAAGAAGAAGAAAAAACAAAAACAAUGGCAAAAUCCGCAAUCAUGCUUGUUUCAGCCCUUUGCUUCAUGUCGCUUCUUAACCUGGCAGCCUGCAAGAAGGAUCGGUUCUUCGUGGAAGGGAAGGUGUAUUGCGACACAUGCCGUGUCCAAUUCUUCACCAAAGUCAGCAAAUUCAUGGAAGGUGCGAAAGUGAAACUAGAAUGCAGAGAAAUCGAAGGAGGAAAUGUGACGUUGAACAAGGAGGCGGUGACGGAUAAGACGGGAUCUUACAACAUCGAGGCGGACGGCGACCACGAGGAAGAUGUGUGCGAGGUGUCGCUGGAGAAGAGCAGCGAUUCGGACUGCGAUGAGGUGACGGAGGGAGGGUAUGCGCACAAGUCUCGAGUGAGCAUCACCAGCAACAGUGGAAUCACCAAUCCCGUCCGCCAAGCCAAUCCUCUCUCCUUCAUGAAGAAGGAAAAGGUUCCUGAGUGCAAGGAAGUUAUGAGAGAGCUUGGAUUCGAUGAAUUUGGCUUACCCGUCUAAAUAUCUUUUUCUUUUUUUUCCUUAUUAAUUAUACCUAAAAUCAUGUUCUC